UAUUUACGUCAGCAUUUUUUUAUGCAUUGUUAUAUUUUCUCCAGAUACCCACACAAAGACAAUCACUUUUUAUAUAAACUCAUAUAUAGGAAAACACACCACGGUUUCAUUGCUAAUAGAAGCAGUGUGGGAUCAACUUGACAGAGAACAGAACAAAAGGCAGCCAACAUCCAAAGGGGAGCUUUGAAUGUCCUUCAAGAAGCCUGAAGAACUAUUACUGAAGACUACUUAAAGAAACUGUAGAUAAAAGCUUGCGUGAUGAAUAGAGGUGGUCACACCAAAUGUUGACUUUCAAGCUCGUUAGAGCUGUACAAACUAUUUUUGGUUUAUAAACUGUAUUUGCAUGUAUGUUUGCACGUUUCCAGCAAAACAUAAAGAAACGACGGGUGGCUCAAGACUUUUGCACAAUACUGUAAUAAUACAAGAAGAAAAUGUUCUGUCCUUCUUUAACCUUUUGGAUAUUCUUGAAAAGCAUUUUAGUGAAUUACUAGCAUGAAAUUUUGUAUUUUAAUAGUAUUAUAUAAUAAAAAAUAUGCCUUAUUACUUAAAGAUGUUCACAUCGUUCAGAUCACCUGCUUCAUUAAAUCCAUAUUCACAUGUCUGAGUGUGUGUUUGUUUCCACUUGUCUGCGAGGAGUGUGAUAGGCAGUAUGCAAAAACACCUCAAACAAAUACUGUUACAUGAACCAUGCAAACUUGGUCAACUGAGCUGAGUCCUGGAGGAAUAUAUUCAAUGAAAAGCAUGCAUGGUCCUGCUAAUGUUGACACCUUUGCCUGUAAGGUAGUCUGGGGUACACUUGUGGAAAGUUAUUGCUCAGCUCAGCUUUCCACCAUGAUGUCACUACCUUCUUAAACACACAUUGAAACAGGUUGUGAAGAAGGGUAAAUAUAGCUCUCUGUGGCACCCAGGCUGGUCCGGACAUGCGCUAACUGACACAUCCAGAGCACGCAGAGUCUGCUCCCAGCACUGACACGGUUUGUGAGCCCAUGAGGGAGUCUUAGAUAGAAUUUCUCCCAGGCCUCCAGUGUUAUUAAUAAACACAAAAUGUGCCUCUGUUUUCCUGGAGACAGACACUGCAGAGCUCUCCCUAACAGAAAACCGUGCUAUUACAGUAACUGAACAACUGAACAUUUAGUCGGACUGCCAGUCAAUAUUCUCUCAUGGAUGAUCAAAGCUCAGUACAGGAUGGAAACGCCAUGUUAUCUACUGAUGACUCACAUGUGCAAGUGAGAUUUUCUGAAGAUAUCUCAGCGAGCAACCGCACAGACUCUGAAACACUAGGUAGAUUUGCUCAAGAUCCUAUUCUACAUAUGGAACAGGUGGACAUGGAGAGCUUGGGUGAACUCUUUGAGUACUGCAUACAGCGAGUAUCUUAUCUAGAAAGGCAAAGAGAUGUGCUGAUACAGGAGCUUCUGGUUCUGCAGGAACCUAUGCUGCAAGUUGUGGGGCACCUGAGAGCGAAGCUGGAGGGAACACGCAGGCUUCUCGCUCUGGCUCAGCUGGAUUAUGUUGCAGUUUGUGAGGAUGUGCAACAGGUAAAGAGGAAACUGUUCACCACAGCCAGAGACUGCAUCCAGAGCCAGGUGAAGCUAGCCGAGCAGGAGUACGAGGUGGCUCAGUCUGCUGUUACUCAGGAAGAACUCAAGGCUCAAAUUCAAAGUCUGACCCAGGAGUUGGUGCAGCUGCAGGACGCCCACCGGAACCAGCUCAAUUCCCUCCGUGAUCAGGUCACUAUGCCCUGCAGGCCCAGGGCCAUGAGCGACAUCAGCCAGUGUCGCCAGGCCUCCAUCAGACUGCAGCGAAGGCUCAGCAGUAGUGUGAAGAUGUUGGAAGGCUGGUACGAGCCUCGCCUCAUGGCCCUGCUGAAGAGAAGGCAGGUUGGGGAGGAAGCUUUGAGAAAAACCAGGGAGCAGGCAGUGGACCUGAGAGCCGGGCUGAAGCCUCUGAGAGAGGAGAUACACAGGCUGGAGGUGCAGAGAUCAUGUCUGGAACAGAGGAUCACUCUUUUGGAGACAGAGCGGCACAAGAGCACUGCACAACAUGAGGAGACUGUGGAGAAACUAAAAAAGACUCUGAGAGAACUAGAAGUGGAGUUUGAGGUUCAGAGAAAAUCGAAGAAAGGCUUGGAAGAUCUUAAAGAUGGCCUUUUAGCAGAGCUGACAUUUCUGAGGUGGGUUUAUCCCAAUCAUUUCUGCUUUAACUUAGUAAAAGUCUAGAUAAUAAAUGAAUAACAAACGUAUUUUCUUAUAGGGGCUGUGAACUCAGUGACAUUACAGAGGAAGAGUCAUAAUUUUCAAUUUCCAGAGCUUCCUCAUCAGAGAUGAGACCAAAUCACACCGCUCACAUUACAUGUUUGAAAAUGCCAAAAAUCUACGUCUUGUUACUCGCUCACAUCCGACUUAACAUCUAAGAGGUUGUGCCAAGAAAACAAAGCAAACAGCUGUACUGUAAAUAUUUUUUAUAUGAAUAUACUUAAGUACACAAAAGAUCAGAUGCAGAGAAAAUGCAGAGAGAAAAAAAAACACAUACAAGUGACAACACAAUUUGGGGGAAUUUCAUACUACAAAUACCAGGCAAAUUAAAAGGAUCAACCUACAGUAUGUACAAUAACAUUUAAAAAUGGAUCUUCCACAGAAAUGUUUCUGCUCAACUAACCAAGAUGAAAGAAAUAAAACAAAAUGCACACUUAGGUGA